AUGGCCUCCAUGUCCAUGUCCCUCCAUGCCGUCAAUCACCGGUUGACCAACAUUCCCGUCAAACAACUCCCUCCGUUGGCAUCCUCGCUGGCGGCCUCGCUCAGCAAUUGCGGAGAGCUUCUCUCGUCUCCUCAGUCGCAAAAAGCUGCCAAAUCCGAUUCCGACAAUGCGGUUCAAGUCCACAAGCUGAUGACUCGUCUGACGAGUCUUCUGCAGGAUCGUACCCCCGAAGGCCGUUGGACUGCAGUGGUGCUGGUGAAGGCUGUGGUGGAAGCUGGUCAAUGGGAAGUUUUGCGCGCAUGCGAGCCAUUCGUUCGUGGGUUGAUGGGGAUUCUGACUAAAGCCGACCCCAUCUCGACGAAGAAAAUGUGUAUCAUCACCUUGACCCGCAUUUUCCACCUCACUUACCAGUAUCCCACUCUCGUUCGCGAGAUAACUACUCCGUCCCUCCCCGGGUUCAUUACAUCGACGUUGAACCUCAUCUCGGUCAAGCCGUCUUCCGAUCCCGCCAGAACUCUGAAGCCCAAUACCCCGUUUUUAGAUAUCGUGCUCCAUGCAUUCAGCGAGUUGAUCGCACGACACCCCACUAUUUUCCGCCCCUUCACUGCGCAGAUCCAUAGUGUUCUGCAGACAAUCAUCAGCGCGACAUCUCCGACGUUCCCCGAGCCGGUGGUGGAUCUUGCGGAGCGCCUCUUUGUCCUUCUCCAUGUGUGCGCCCCCAAGAAUAGCUCUGGAGAAGAAUGGAAGAAGGCCUGUCAGAUGGCCAUUUAUUCGGUGCAUGACACUGCGCAUCACGUCUUCCGAGCCGUCAUAGAACAGUGGGAGUCGGUGGAUCCAUCUCUGCGCCAAACCGCCAAGCAAUUGAACUACAGCCAAGAAAUGGGGUCUCUCGAGCCGGAUGCGCUGGGGUUGUCUGGUUGGCAAGGUCUUGAUUCUGGAGUGAACCGACUUAUUCUGCUUUUGCGACUUCUCUCUCGCUUCUUAACGACCGCAACCGCGUCCACAGUGGUUAUCCCGGUUGGCUCGAUCCUGGAUUUGACCUCGCGAUUGACCGCUCUGACUGUGCCUUCCGACGCAAAGGACGUCCAGGCCAAUCCACAGAUUAGUCGUUCGGAAAGAGAUGGCCUCUUCACAGAGCUCCCUCGCAUCCACGUGGCCUGCAUUGACCUUCUUUCAACAUUGGUUGGUGUUCUGGAAAUCGGGGCUGUGUCGAUAGCGCAGACGAUCAUGGAGCAAACCCUCUGGGUUUUCCGUGCAGAGAAAUCCAUCCAUGAACUCCGCAGCUCUAUGUACAACCUUGUUCGCACGUUGCUCGCCCGCAUGGGACCAUCGAUGACCAAACAGAGCGUAUCUUCCCUGACCGUUUUGCUCAAGUCUUGUUGUUCCGAUAUCUUGCCGCCGGUCCAUGAACAGCCUGCCGCGGUCAAGACUUCCUCCUCCAAGUCCAGUCAAAGCACGGCGAAUGCGGAUUCAUUCUUGAAUCCAAGCCUGAAACAAGGCCGUAAUAUAGAUGCAUCGUCGUCAUUCCCUAGUCUGAGAAAAGCCGCGUGUGAACUUCUCCCGGCCGUGUUGGCCCACCUUCCUAUUGAAUACCUUUCGCCCGCCCUGCGAGCUGAGAUUGACCGGACGAUCAUCCUGACUUCUGAAAAGGAAGCAAUGCUGGCCAGUGUCCUGAACCCUGUCCCGGCUACCCAAGGCCGUGGCGUGACUGCCAGCAUCAUCCCCUUCUUAGCCCGGAGCUACGGCGCAGACAUGGAGGUGGAGGCUCUCAUUAGACCGAGAAUGCCCGUUUUGAUGAACACAGGCGGCCUCGCUUCGUACAAUGACGUGGAUGAGGACGAGGAAGAAGAGGAAUCAGUCUCCGCAAUGGCUCCCCAGACGGCCGCGGAGAGUAGCGGAUUUCUCCAGCCCUCGGCUACCCCAAUCUUGCACGAGAAUCUGACAAGCACUGAACCCAUUCCGAACCGACCGCAGUCUGCGAAUAAGCGGACGCACGCAGACGAGCCUGCUCACGCGGCCGUAUCCUCUACGCCUGCCAAGCGCGAAGAGAACGUGCAGACGAAGAAACCGCGGGUCGAGACUGAUGUGACGACUGCUACUCAGCCGUCCCUGCGCCAGGCCUCUCCUGCAACGUUCUCUGGCACUGCUGCUAUCUCUGUCCCUACCUCCUCGACUACUUCUACCACUGCCCCGCAGGUCCAAGCCACGGCGCCGCCCACCACAUUAAACAGCGGCCUGUCGUCCGGGGCUGCUACAGUGGUGGCAGCGGAAGCGGCGGAGGAUGAGAGUGACGAUGAACUCCCAGCGCUGAAUAUUGAUCCGGACACGGACGACGAAGAUGACGAAGACGUCGCCAUGGCGGACUAA